CAAAGCUUCCAUUAAAUAUUGAUUAUAUUAGGGGAUUUAAUUGUACCUCGUUGGAAACGGUACCAGAUCUAUUGAAACCAAAUUCUUCAAUUGAGCCAACCCUCAAUCUUUCAGAUUGCAAUAAACUAGGUGACAAUCAAGGCUUUAUUGACAUGUUUUUUGCAGUGAUAAAAAAGUUGUUACAGGGACAUUCUCUUGACGACAGACAUAUGCAUAAGAGAUAUGCCAUCAUUUUUCCUGGAAGUGAAAUUCCAAAAUGGUUUAGGCAUCACAGUAUAGGGGCUAAAGUGAAUAUAAAAGAACCUUUUUCUCAUUUGUGUAAUGAGUGGAUGGGGAUCGCUGUCUGCGUUGUAUUUUGUUCUCAUCCACAUCACCAAAUCCCCAACGGUGAUUUGCUUUCCUGUUGGUUGGUAGCCAAUGGAAAAAAAAUGUCUUCUGCACCAAACACUGGCCAUAUUGUUGUUUUAUCAGAUCAUAUCUGGCUACUUUAUUUGCUUCCUCAAUAUUACCAAGAGAAACAAAUAAAAUUAUUGUCAGAAUGUGAUGCAAAUGGAUUCAUUCGGGUUGGAAUUAGAAUUAUGACUCAUUGUUCAGUCUUUGAGGUGAAGAGAUGCGGGUUCCGUAUGGUGUAUAAGAAAGACAUUGAAGAUGUCAACCGAAGUAUGGCUCAGUGUAGCAACAAUAGCACCAUUCCUUAUAAGGGUUUGGAUGUCAAGCGAACCAGUGAUGACUAUGAUGGGGCUGGACCUAAUGGAGAAGGAAGCUCUAGUACCACACCCAAAAUGGAUUGUGAGGAGUCAAUUGAGUACAGAGGCUGUGGUGAGGAGUUAAGCGAUUGGGAGGAAUCUAGUGAAAGUGACCGGGAAGGUUAAUCAACUUUUAUCUCUACAUUACCUGUUGAGAAUCCAGCAUUGCCUUGGUCUAUGGCAUUGAUAACCAUAGUUGAAUCCCCUUCAAAAACAACUGUUUGAAGCCCAAACUCAGCCUGCCAAAGCCUCCAUAUCAGCGAUGGAGUGAGCCACAGCGCACCAAGUUCACCCCUCCAAUCUCGAACAAUAACUCCAAUUCCAGCCGAAUUUGUGGUUCUGAAUACAGCAGCAUCAAAGUUCACUUUGUACUGAUUCAGCUCAGGUGGACGCCACUGGUGCGAGAUGGGAGGGAGAGGUUUCACUGGUUCCUUGUCUUCUGCUAUCAAAAACUCCUGCAGCAUGUUACCAGCCAUAGAGACGAUAUUUGCAAUAGGGUGCACUGGACGGCCAAAGUGAGAUGCGUUUCUCCUAUUCCAUAAUAGCCAGGCCGAUAUAGCAAAGACCUCUUUUCGAUAAUCAU